AGUUGGCAACAGAGUGGAGGUGACGUAUUUCCGGUUCGAGAGAGCUGACUGACCCACGGUCUCCAGCCAGACUCUAUUGUCCGAGUCCAGUGUUAGUGUAACUUUCUGCCUUCACUGAUCUCACCCAGUCCUCCUCGAUUCACGGAGUUACACACAGACAACAGUUUCUGCAGUUUAUAUGUAGAAGUAGAUUUCUGACCAACUUUUCCCACCUUUGAUGUAGAGGCUACUUUCUGCUGUGAAGUCAUUGUGUGAUAAAGCUUUCGGACGCAGAUGCAUCGAGUCUGAGGAGAGCCAACACCUACAGCAGCCGAAGAAAGUAACCUUUCCUGUACCUCCUCACUGCCGCAGCAGUGCUCUCAAAGGAUGAUGUGAGCCUGUAGGUGGCAAAGAAGUCUCCAUCCACAAAUAUACAUACAUUGUUUGCAGAUAUAAGGUAUUUCAUCGUACUUUAACAGAAAUUCAUGUUCAGUGAAGCUCCCCACAACAAUCACAAAUAAAUUAAUUCACCAUUAAAAGCUGGAAUAUAUCAGUUUACGAGUGAAGACGAGCCUCAAAUCAUCAGGAGGAGUUUAUUAAAGAGGAAAGCGAGGAGAUGGGAGAUCCAGAACCCUGCAGAAUCAAACACACUGAAGAUACUGAAGAACUAACAGAAUUGAUGGAAGAAAAUGAGAAGCAUGAAGAAUUGAGUGAAGUUGAGAGAAAAACGCACACUUGUGAUCAGUGCGGAAAGAGUUUCACAAUAAAAGGAAGCCUUACAUCACACAUGAGAAUUCAUACUGGAGAGAAACCAUUCACUUGUGAUCAGUGCGGGAAGAGUUUCUCACAAUCAGCAAGUCUUAAGUUACAUAUGAACAUCCACACUGGAGAGAAACCACACACAUGUGAUCAGUGCGGGAAAACAUUUUUGAGGGAUUCAAACCUGAAGCAGCACCUGAGAGUUCAUACAAAGGAGAAGCCACAUUCAUGUCAUUUGUGUGGAAAGAGUUUUUCAUUAAUACAAAGUUUGAAAGAACAUCAGAAAAUACAUACUGGUGUGAGAGAGUACAUGUGCUUUGAGUGUGAAAAGACUUUUAUUACUGCAAACGGUUUAAAAAAGCAUGAGAGGAUUCACACUGGAGAGAAACCUUACAAGUGUUCACACUGUGACAAGAGAUUCAGUCGGUCAGGAGACCUGAAAACACAUGAGAGGAUUCACACUGGAGAGAAACCUUACAAGUGUUCACACUGUGACAAGAGAUUCAGAGAUUUAGGAAACCUGAAAAAACAUGAGAGGAUUCACACUGGUAUUAAACCGUUCACUUGUGAUCAGUGCUGGAAUAGUUUCACACAAAAAGGAAGCCUUACAUUACACAUGAACAUCCACACCAGAGAGAAACUGUACACAUGUGAUCAGUGCGGGAAGAGUUUCACACAAAAAGGAAGCCUUACAUCACACAUGAACAUCCACACUAGAGAGAAACUGUACACAUGUGAAUCAGUUAAUUAAUGUGGAAAGAGUUUUUCACACUCAUUCAACUUUAAGCAUCAUAUGAACAUUCACACAAGUGUGUGUGCAUUUAUUAUUUUUUUGGAGGGUUGGGUCUGAGGACCCUGCUGGACACCUUUAUUAGGGCCCGAGCACCGAGGUGCGAGGACCCUCUUGUAUCUGCUUUGUUUAUUAUUAUUAUUAUUAUUCUUCUUCUUCUUCUUCUUCUUCUUCUUCUCCCGAAAGAAUCGCA